GAGAACUCUACACCAACUUAACACUGAAUCAUUACUUUUCCAAGAUGAGAAAAAUAUUAUACUAACAGGGACCAUUUCUCCAUCUCAUUCAAAUAAGAAUUCAAGGUUUUAAUCUGUAUCUUUCAUCUAGCAUAAUUAGCUGUACCAUAAUAACACAUACAGCCUGGCUGCAUAUAUUUAAGUGCUGUCUCUCUCCCUCUUUCUUUUAUUGAUUUAUUUUCUGGAUUGCUUUGACAUUGUAAACCACAGACGAGUUGGAGCCUGGCAUUGAAAGGAGGUGUUCUGCAACGAUUUUUUUCUUGUUUAAAGAAGUUUACUUCUACAAGAGGUAAUCUGAAAAUGACAGAGGCAAAGAGAAAAAAGAAAAGUGUGCUCUGGAGCAAGAUGCAUAUGCCCCAUUGUGAAGACUUUAAACAGUGGUGUAGAAGGCGGCUACCUAUUUUGGAAUGGGCAACACAUUACAAUCUGAAAGAAAAUUUGCUUCCAGACGCUGUGUCUGGGAUAAUGCUGGCAGUUCAACAGGUGACACAAGGGUUGGCCUUUGCUAUUCUCUCAUCUGUGCACCCCGUGUUUGGUUUGUAUGGGUCUCUGUUUCCUGCCAUCAUUUACGCCAUAUUUGGAAUGGGACGUCAUGUUGCCACAGGCACGUUUGCCUUGACAUCCUUAAUAUCAGCUAAUGCAGUGGAACGGCUUGUCCCUCUGAACAGUCAGAACCUUACCACACAGAGUAACACAAGUGUGCUGGGCUUAUCUGACUUUGAGAUGCAAAGGAUUGGUGUUGCUGCAGCUGUUUCCUUCUUGGGAGGUGUGAUUCAGGUGGCCAUGUUUGUGCUACAACUGGGUAGUGCCACAUUCCUGCUUACAGAGCCUGUGAUCAGUGCGAUGACAACUGGGGCUGCCACCCAUGUCGUGACUUCACAAGUCAAAUAUCUCUUGGGAAUGAAAAUGCCAUAUAUAUCUGGACCACUUGGAUUCUUUUAUAUCUAUGCAUAUGUCUUUGAAAACAUCAAGUCUGUGCGACUGGAAGCACUGCUCUUAUCCUUGCUGAGCAUCGUGGUGCUUGUUCUGGUUAAAGAGCUGAAUGAACAGUUUAAAAGGAAAAUUAAAAUUGUUCUUCCUGUUGACUUAGUCUUGAUUAUUGCUGCAUCAUUUACUUGUUAUUGUACCAAUAUGGAAAACACAUAUGGAUUAGAAGUAGUUGGUCAUAUUCCAAAAGGCAUUCCUCCACCUAGAGCUCCCCCAAUGAACAUCCUCUCUGCAGUAAUCACUGAAGCUUUUGGAGUGGCACUUGUAGGCUAUGUGGCCUCACUGGCUCUUGCUCAAGGAUCUGCCAAAAAAUUCAAAUAUUCAGUUGAUGACAACCAGGAAUUUUUGGCCCAUGGCCUCAGCAAUGUGAUUCCUUCAUUUUUCUUCUGCAUACCAAGUGCUGCUGCCAUGGGAAGGACUGCUGUCCUAUAUAGCACAGGAGCAAAGACACAGGUGGCUUGUCUAAUAUCUUGCAUUUUCAUCCUGAUAGUCAUCUAUGCAAUAGGACCCUUGCUUUACUGGCUGCCCAUGUGUGUUCUUGCAAGUAUUAUUGUUGUGGGACUGAAGGGAAUGCUAAUACAAUUUCGGGAUUUAAAAAAAUAUUGGAAUGUGGAUAAAAUUGAUUGGGGCAUAUGGGUCAGUACAUAUAUAUUUACAAUAUGCUUUGCUGCCAAUGUGGGGCUGCUGUUUGGUGUUGUGUGUACCAUAGCUAUUGUGAUUGGUCGUUUCCCAAGAGCAAAGACUCUGAGUAUAAAAAAUAUGAAAGAAAUGGAAUUUAAAGUGAAGACAGAAAUGGAUGAUGAAACCCUGCAGCAGGUGAAAAUUAUCUCAAUAAACAACCCACUUGUUUUUCUGAAUGUAAAGAAGUUUCAUGCUGAUCUAAUGAACAUAAUCCAAAAAGAAAAUGCCAGCAACCAGCCACUUGAUGAAAUCAGCAAGUGUGAACAAAACACAUUGCUCAAUUCUCUAUCCAAUGGCAUUUGCAAUGAAGAAGCAACACAACCCUGCCUGAAUCAGAAGUGUUCUUUAAUCCUAGAUUGCAGUGGAUUGACCUUUUCUGACUAUUCUGGAGUCUCCAUGCUUGUUGAGGUUUACACGGACUGUAAGAACAAGAGUGUGGAUGUAUCAUUAGUCCACUGCACAGCUUCCUUGAUAAAAGCAAUGAAAUACUGGGGAAACCUAGAUUCAGAGAAACCAAUUUUUUUUGAAUCAGUGUCUGCUGCAAUAAGUAACAUCCACUUAAAUAAGAAUUUGAGCAAACUCAGUGACCACAGUGAAAUCUGAGACUCUUUUGCUGCAGUACAGCUCUUCUCUUUAGCAACUGCCCCGAAGAGGCCAUACUCAAGUAUUUUCACAACAUUUUUUGUUAUGUAGAUCCUACAAAUGACCUCUACUAAAAUAAGUGUGAUGUGACUUAGUAACCACAUAACCACUGCUCAAGGUUUGCCAACAAUUUUAUCUAAUCUUUGUUAGUAAGCAAAUUCACUCUGUAGGUUAUUGUAUAGUUAUUUUAUAAAAAUCAGUAUGCAUUUAGUUUUAGUGUACUGAAAGGUAAACAUGAAUUUAUUUCCUUUUUUCAUACCAAAGUAUUUUGUGUUAAUUCAGUUUGUUGUAGUUCAUUUGUAAAAGUGAGAAAUACUUUGUCAUAUAAGAGAUUUAGAACAUUUGCAAGCCAUUUGUAAAAAUGCAGGAUCAUCUGUAACUAAUACAUAAAAACAACUUAGCAAGUGUGCCAUUUUCCCUAACCAAAAAAGCCAUUAAAUAUCAAUAAGCUUAAAUGUUACUUCAUGCUAUAUGAUUAUGAAAUUCACAGAAAGUAAGUCAAACAAAAACAAAUGACAAACUAGAAACCGUUCUUCUCCAUACCUUUCCAUGCAUGGAUGUCUUCAGGAAUGUUUUCAACAUAAGUAGUAUCCCAGUGAAACCAUGUCCUUGACAUUAGUCUGUUUUGCUGUGAAUAUUGGAAAUGCUUAGGAUCUUCAGACCUUAUAGCCCUAAUUUCCACAUUCCCACCCCAUAAAAGUUUCCAUUUUCAGCUUUAGUUUUUUUGGAAUCGGAGAAUGUGGAAGUUGCACAUUUUAUGUUUUUUUCACAAAUACGAUUUUUAGAAGAGAAAAUAUCACCAGUAGAAUAGCUUUGUACUAUUCAAAUAUAGGAUUGACUAUAGUAGUUUGGGACUUUCCUAUUUCAGAGAGAUAGUCAAUAUAAUAUAGUACAUUUAUCUAUCUAUAUCCGUAUAGAUAGGUAGAUCUCCUUAGAAUGUUUUUUUUUUUUUUUUUUUCUUUUGUUAGAAGGGAGCUUAGGUAAGUGAUUAUCUUUAAACCCACUAAACCAACAGUGUAUUGACAAAUAAAUACCACAGGCCAGGCUGACUUGUAUAAGUUAUUGUUUUCAUGUUUCUACAUAUAUUUUCAGUCACAUACAAUUAUAUAGUUUCAUAUUUUUAUCUAACAAUUUGAUUUACCUAUGAAGAAAUCUCACUUUCAAAGAUAGAUGUAGAUGCACGUUUUAGUCUUAAGCCAUUUUAACUGUUCUAGAAAUUACCAGUUAACAAAAAGCCAAGUACUUUAAAGUGAGUUUGAGAAGUAACUUGAAAACAAAAUUAAAAGACUGGUAAUUUAGGUGUUUUUGAGAACAUCUGUAAGAGUAAAUUUUAAUAUCUGCCGUGUGAUGUAAUGGUUCCUAGCAAAUGUGUAGUAAACAUUCACAUGGCCCUUAUUUUUACCAUUGAGUCCUAGGCAGACAAUGUAAUAAAAUGAAAGGGGAAUAAUAAACAUUUCAAAUUCUUGUAACUUAUUUAGCCAUGUCAAUUCUGAUUGACAUGAACUACAAAGGGUAGUAUUUUUCCCACAGGAAGCUUCAAUCCUUUCAUCACUAAUUUGGAUUGAAAUGAGUGAAGCCAAUUUUUCUUCCCAUCAAAUACUGUUCCAAGAAAAUGUGGAAGUAAUAAUUAGAAGUAAAAUUUCCUUAAAGAAAGGAAUUUCACUCUCCUUUUCUGAUUAAAUUAUUCCAGUGGUGGAUGGUGGCAACAUUCACCAUCUCUAAUCCAUUGGUCAUUGGCACAUAAACAUGAGUCAAGGGAAGUUAAGAAAGAAAUAUAUUUUGCUAUGUGUAAAUUGAUGUAUUUCUGUGCAAAUUUAGUCUAUUAUUAAAUGCAUGCACUGUAAGCAUUUUCUAAUUUGUUAGAGAUUAUGGACUGUAGAUGGCAUUAAAAUCAUUACAGGUAAUCAAUGGAUGGUUUCUUCUAUUUUAUUAACAAAGCUGACACAUAGUUGUAUGAGAAGAUGUAUUUGAAUGCAUUUCAGUGAUUAUAGUAGACAUCUAAUGGAUAAAACUUAAAAGCUAAUAACUUUGGUGUCAAAUGUUAUUAUAUUCAAAGUAAAGGAAGACCAAAACAUGUACCAUAAAUAACCCUUUGUUCUAAGGCUUAUCUUGCAUACUAAGGUCCCAGUGACUAGACCUGUAGGAACCCCUGGAUUGAGUUUUGAGAACUUAAUAACUGACUAUGAGUUUCAGACACACAAGAUUCUAAAACAUAAACGUUUAUUUCAAAGCAGACAUUAAUAACAGAAGAACUAUAAUAUGGUACUGAUGCUAGACUGUUUCUAAUCAUGAUGAAUUAGUUUUAUGAGAUUACCUUAUUUUUGUAUAUGAUAAAUUACUUUCAUAUUACUUAUUAUGGUAAAAUAAAAUUGGGAAAAAUUAAAACUGACCUAUAAAACCAGUUAAGGACCUAAUAGAGUGACAUAUAUAAAUUAACCAUAAAGUGUGUAACCAGGAAAAAGACAGUUAACAUUACAUUUAUGCAAAUUAAAUGCCCUUAAAUUUUACCAUUUGUCUUUCAUUUUAAAGGUUAUUUUCCCCUGAUUAUAUGAUUCAAGUGUUAUAAAGUCUAACUUGAAUUACUUUGCAGUAAUUUAUGUGACAGAUCUUUAUUGUAUAAAUAUGUAAUGUAAUGAGGAAAGAAAUCCCUCUUUUUUAAUGAAAACAUUAAUGUGUUAAUACCUUGUAUGGAUAAUGUUUGACAUUUAGUGGUUACCAAAAUAUAUUAGUAUGUUUUUGAACAUACGUAUGCCUAGAAAUGCAUGUUCUGCAUUCUGUGGGAUGAUCGUCUAAUUCAAUGUAAAAUAUGCUUUUUGGCAGUGAUUUUGUUGCCAGAUUUUCAAUAGGGAGUUAAGUGAGGCUUGUACAAUCUUAAGAUUUUUAGUUAAAAAUCGUAUCAUCUAAUAUGUCACACAUAUUUUUAUAUUUUUCAAUGCAUUUAAUUAUCUUUUAAAUAAUCCUUUGCACUGACUCAGCAUAUA